CCCCUGUUGUCUGUUUGCAAAGGAAGAAAAGGGUCUCAGUGAGCAGCAUCUUCCAGAGCGCACGGAACUGGCCUUGUACAGUGGCACGCACCGGACAUGGUACCCAGGCGCAUACACAAAAGACCCAGGACUCACUGAGCGCUGUUAUUCUCCUUGGGACUGCAGCUGUACAAGUGAACUUUGUGCAUGCGGUUUGAAUGGGAACCAAUGGACUGAUCGCCUUUCGACACCGAAGAGGUUUUGUUUAGACUCUUAGACGGAGGAGAGUAAGUGUCCUCGUUUGUUUUGGUCGAUCACCCGGUCUGAACUGAACGCAGUGACAGAAGCGUGUCAACAAUCAAAACUCGUGAGUGCGCAUCGCAGUCAGGUGAACUUUUGUUUUGGGGCAGAAAAAAGACGCAUCGUUGGAUAGUGAGCUGAAUGCAUAAUGACCGGAGGUAAUUAGCCUCACAUUUUCAGCAGCACUCUUUUAUGUUGAGGAAUACUAUCUUUUAAUUAGCUUCUUUGGACAUCUCCAGUCGUCUAACUUCUGGAGCAGCUAGUGGAUGUUGUCCUGGAACUUAGAACUUCGGAACCUCGGUGUUUUUAUGUAACAGCUUCACCCUUCUCUUCUUCAGCAUCUGGACAAUACGUUUAAGUCUCGAAAAAAUGAACUCAUACAAUCUGGCAUUGACCUGUUUAGUUGCGUGCGUUCUCGUCGUGCGCUGUAGCUCGGUCACCGGGACGGAGACUCAGGGUUCGCCGCAAGAGUCGUGCGCGUCCUGUGGCCUCAGGGCUCCGGAUCAGUCGGAGCGGGUAAACAUAGACUUCUUAGAGGCGGUGAAGAGGCACAUACUGAACCGGCUGCAGAUGAGGGACAGACCCAACAUCACCCAUCCCAUCCCGAAGGCUGCGAUGGUGACGGCUCUGAGGAGGCUACACGCCGGCAAAGUGCGAGAGGACGGCCGGGUGGAGAUCCCCAGCUUUGAUGGACAGGCUGCAUUCAACAACGAGGUUCAAGCGGAGACCUCGGAGAUUAUCAGCUUCGCCGAAUCAGAUGAGCAAACUUCCUCCAAGUCCAGUCUGUAUUUUCUCAUCUCCAAUGAAGGCAACCAAAACUUGCAUGUAUCCCAGGCGAACCUGUGGCUCUACUUCCGUGUGUUACCGGCCGCUCCUGACAAGGGCCUCCGGAGGAAAGUGACUGUCAAGAUCCACUACCGGGAGGCUGGAGCUACGAGCAGCGCAGAGGGAGGCCUAGUAGACAGUGAUGGAGGAGGACCAGGCCGCUGGGCCCUGGUGGAGAAGCGGGUGGACCUGAAACGCAGUGGCUGGCAUACUUUUCCCUUCUCUGAAGCGGUGCGGGCUGCAUUUGGGAGAGGCAGCCGGCGGCAGGACCUGGAGGUCCACUGUGAGGGCUGUGAGACGGCUGGUGUGGCACCAGUGCUUGUGGACCCAGGUGACCCAUCCCAUCGACCCUUCCUUGUGGUGCAUGCACGACAGGUGGAUGGAAAGCACCGCAUUCGUAAGCGAGGGCUGGAGUGUGAUGGCACUAGCGGGGGCCUUUGCUGUCGGCAACAGUUCUACAUAGACUUCCGUCUUAUUGGCUGGAAUGACUGGAUCAUUGCGCCGGCUGGCUAUUACGGUAACUACUGCGAGGGCAGCUGUCCGGCCUACAUGGCAGGGGUACCGGGCUCAGCUUCAUCAUUCCACACAGCUGUAGUUAACCAGUACCGCUUGAGAGGGAUGAGCCCGGGCUCAGUCAACUCCUGCUGCAUCCCCACCAAACUCAGCACUAUGUCCAUGCUCUACUUUGACGACGAGUACAACAUUGUCAAGAGGGAUGUGCCCAACAUGAUUGUGGAGGAGUGUGGCUGUGCUUGAGUCCACACAGACCCUUCAUUAUCUGAACUUCAAACAGUCAGAAAGGCCUUUUGUACAAACAGGACGUUUUUGUACGGUACACAUAUACAAUAUAUCUAUACCUACUGUAUGUGCAGGCAACACAUGCACACACAUACACACACACACACACACACACACAGGUACAAUCUAACAAAUGCAAGAAUCAGUGUUGUGUCCAUGUUUGCAGCAUGUGUUUGCACAUGUUCAUGCAAGUGUGUGUAUUUAUCAGACUGAAUGACAUGCUUGCUGUCCGAGCGCUGUCCGUUGAGUGACAGCUGGUCAGCGAUGGGACAAGAAGGGAAUGAUUAUCACCAAAUGAUACUUUGCUCUAGUUUGCCAUUUCUAGUCAAAAAAUAAUGGCCCAUCCUCCUCUUGAAUGAAGAUCAAAAGCGCUUAAGGAAGGUGACAGGAUCAGCCAGUGACAUUAUUGGCUUCACAGCCCUCUUCCAACCCUCUUAAGUAUUUUAAGCACAUGACAGACUUUUGUUUUUAUAAAGCACUGACAAUUCAUCAGCUUAUACAAUUCAGAACACCAGCACUUCCCUACUAUGCCGACACAUACAGUCUGACUGUCUUCUCUGGUGGAAUUAGACUGGCAGCGCUAAAUAGGUUGCAGGAUUAUACCCUCGGCAGCAGUGCAGCGGCAAAAGAAAGUCCCCUGCAGAGCUGCUGCUGUGUUGUUGUCAGUCUUGCUGUUGACUAAGGGCCUCAGCCUCAUGCCUGUCAAGAGUGCUGCAGGCCAUGUUACCAUGGCAACUAGGUGAAGACAGAUCCCGUAGGUGUACUUCACCUGUACACUGGGAGCGACAGAGAGAGAACUGCUUCCUGUAGCCCACCUGAGGCUCAGGAGAAGUGGGCCUCUAGUUUCAGCCCACUGGGUCGCCACAGUGCAGCACUUGCAGAAACUGAAAUGCACACCCUGAAUAGCACUUGUAUAAAGAAAAUGCCUUCAAAGGGGUAUGGAGUGUCCUAUCCUAUUGGUAAAUAAGUGCCACAUGAGCUAUGCAAUGUAUAGUAAUCUAUAACCAUACUCAACAUGCUCUAUUAGACUGAACUCUUUCCACCUCUCUCUCUCUCUCUCUCCCUCUCUCUCCCUCUCCCUCUCUCCCUCUCUUCAGUCUUUGACUCUUUAUCAAUACUUGAAAUGUAAUCUUUCGCUUCCUUUCCAAAGCGAAUGAUUGUUGUGAUGUUUGCACUGAAAAGUUGCGGGAUUAGAGAAACAAAAACUGCCAUUGAAAAGUUAUUUUUUUAGAAGUAAAUUGAAUUUUGUUUCAAAUGUAUUUUACCCAAAGAGGCCAAGAUUUGAGCUAUUGUACUGAGAUGGCAAGGCCAUUGAGUAACUGUGUACAAUACUGUUUUUGAUAACUUGCAAAAGGCCUACCACUGUAUCAGGGUACGAUAUAUGAUUUUCAUUUCUUAGCUCUAUUUUCAUUCUGUUUUGUACAAUAAG